CCAUGAUUUACACUCUUCCUUCGGAGCCAGAGUGUUCUCUCAUUUCAUUUUCAUUGGGCUGAGAUGGAAUUUUCCCCUGUUGUUCAGUACAGUGAAUUAAAACGUGUCUGACUCGCUGUUUCUCCCCCCAGAGCUGAAGACUCGAGCAGAAAGACUUCACCCCGAUCGCUCACAAGGAGAUAAAAACACAAGCAUCCUGCCGAACACGAUGAGCACCGUCUGGCCGACUGACCGCUUCACCAACCACACCUUCAGCAACCGCUCGUGUCCUCUGGAGGAGGAGAACCUGCGGCUCCCGCUGGCGGUGCUCUACUCGCUCAUCUUUCUGUUCGGUCUGGCAGGAAACCUGCUGGCUCUGUGGGUCUUCCUCUUCCUGCACUCGCGCAGAAACUCCGUGCGCGUCUUCCUCAUCAACGUGGCGCUGGCGGACCUGGUUCUGCUGGCGUGUCUUCCCUUCCGUGUGCUGUACCACGCUCAGGGGAACGUGUGGUCGCUGGGGCCGCGCAUGUGCAAGGCGGUGGGCAACCUGUUCUACAUGAACAUGUACGUCAGCAUCACCCUGAUGGGUCUGAUCAGUCUGGACCGCUAUCUGAAGAUCAUCGGCGUGCGGGGCUCUCAGAGGGGCUGCGGGCUGCGCUGGCUCAGGGGCAGCCGCUGGAGUCUGGUGACCUGCGUUCUGCUGUGGAGCGGCUCUCUGGUGAUGGUGGUGCCUAUGAUCGCGCUGGCCGAGGGCAACGAGGAGCCGGGGAAGUGUUUCCAGUACAAGCAGAGAAAGCACGCUAGAGGCAAAGCCUACUUUAAUCUGUUCUUGGUGGCGGUGUUCUGGAUGGUGUUUGCAGUGCUGCUGGUUUCAUACGGACGGAUCGCACGCAGACUUCUGCGAGCAUCGCAGGACAAACCGGACCUGCCCAAUGCCUCGCGCUACGCACGCACCGCUAGGAAAUCCUUCGUGGUUCUGCUUCUCUUCACCAUCUGCUUCGUGCCGUAUCACGCCUUCAGGGGCUUCUAUGUUGCUUCGCAGCUCCGAGAUGUUAGCUGUGAGACACGGCGGCUCAUGGACCUCACCAACGAGCUCAUGCUGCUGUUCUCGGCUCUCAACAGCUGCUUGGACCCCGUCAUGUACUUCAUGCUCUCGGGCUCGGUGCGCAAGGCCACCACUCGGGCCUUAUCGCAAUUCCUACGCUUGCACCAGGAACCUGCGACGACCAACAGCUCGACCACGGAGUUUCGGCGGACGUCUGUGUCACACGCCUCCAAUGCUCCGGUGCUGGUCACAUCCAGAGGCAGCCUGGGACUCAUUACGACGACCCUCCGCCUUCAGCGGUGACGGAGAGUCCUGUCCGCAGAUCACGGCUCUGUCAAACUGAUCGAGCUGCACCGUGAGACGAAAGAGUUCACCCACAUACUUGCAUGGGAAAAGACUCACUGGUGUGAAACAAUGACUAGCUUGAAAAGUCUGCGUGGGAAAGUUCUUGAGACGUCACUUCGAGGGGGGCAUAUGAGGGAUUUAUGGCUGGACACAGGAGAUUGCCACACAUCUGGUCUGAGAUUU